UCAGUCCUCCGGUGACAGCCAACAGGACCAGACGCGCGCCUCCUUCCGUCAAACUGCUCGGUUCGUCUGUUUUGAAUCGCUGGCGUCGUUUGUCAUUUUUAUUUUUUCAUUGCCGGUGACGUUGUUGUUGUUGCGGCGGUGCGAAUCUGGUAGAUUGCGUUCAAUCUCUUUUGUGGUUAGCUUUUUGUAUCACAUGUGAAGUUGAGUAACGAAAUUGCUUGUGCUAUUUGCCUGAAGUUAUGCUGUUGAUGUGACAAAUGGAAGUACCUAAUCAUUUGAUGGAAGUGGCUUAGAAGUGUGCCAAUCAUGGCCGUAUUUGUUUCCCAAGAGGUAGAAGAUCAACGGCCAACAGUGGGAUGCCGUUUUCAAUGAAGAAGUUUUUCUUUGGAGAGAAAAGUUUUGCUGAAUAGGUGAUAGUACACAAAAGUAGCGCGAAUAAUUUAUCAGAGAAAAAGAACCUCGUCCCCACGUGACAAGUGACGACCGAGCACAGCUGAACACUUGAAGAUGCUUGCAAUUCUAUGGAUUACGUUGGUUCUGGUGAAAACUGGCGAUUUCAACGACGCAGCGACGACGGCGGUCGGCCCAUUCGGCACCAUUCCGGCGCCAGUUUGCGGCCAAAUCCAGCUCAUGAUGGACAACUGCUUUCACAACACCACACCGCGGGUCGUGGCGGACACGCUGUACACGGUGAAAAUCCCGGAAAAUGCCGAUGACAUCGCCAGUCGGUGCCUAUUAUUCAACCGGGGCAUGGAUUGCGUUCAGCACUAUCUGGAUAGCUGCGUGGACCAAAAGGACCGGAAGAUCGUCGAGAACGAGGUUUACGGUGCCAGGAAGCUGUACGAGUUCCUCUGCCGGGAUAAAUCGUUCCAGCGAGAAUUCCUCCGGCACAAAACGUGCUUUCACCACGUGCACCCGGACUGGGACCGGUGCUCGAAGGACUUUGUCACCAUCAUGAAGGAAGAGAUGGCCAAAACGAACGAACAAACGUACAACGUGCAGUACAUGCACUUUUGCUGUGCGCGGUACGGCUACGAGGAAUGCGUCUUCAAAGCGGCCCAGUACAAGUGCAAACCAGAGUCGGCUGUCUUCCUGCAGCGGAUCGCCCGACUACUUUCCACCGAUAAGCACUUCCAGAACUGUGAUAAAAUCGAGCAGCAGAUUUGCUCUUCCGGACUGCGCCACGCCACCACCGGAACCGGCCUGCUGAUGAUGCUGAUGGUGGUGGUUUUGGCGGGCUUGCCCUUGACGAGACUCGAACAUCGAUAAGCACCACACAAAGUGGGCAUUGUAGCCCCACCACCGGCUGUUUAGAUUAUGAUAGAUCUGUGUACCGUCUAUCGAGAAGUGGUUUAUUGACGAAAAUGGUGCUGAGUUGAUGUUAUGCGGUUUUUUCCGGAACGUGGCCGAGAUCAUUACUGCGGCGGAUGAACAAAGUGCGGGGAGUUUUGCGAAACGUAUUGUGAUGUUUGUAUUGUGUGAUAGGAUGAAUUGCCAAUUAGAUAUCGACUGGGGGGGAAUUAAAUGUGGCUUGAUGUUGGUUUUUCAGGAGAGCUAACAUAACGAUAGUAAUGAGGUUUCAUUUUGAACAGUUAGGCAACCGUGAUGGAUUAGCGUUAGUCAGUGUCACAGAGCGUGGCGUUGUAGGCGUAGACUAAAGAAAUUGACGACAUUUUAGAACGAUUUUCUUUUCAUUCCCGAUGGUUAAAUAAAAACGACAUCCUGUAACUUAUACCUGCAUGAUUGUGACUAGUGCAACGGCUUACUAGAAAUAACAUUCAUUAUCUUGUAACGACUUAACUUAAAAAUUUCACCAUGUGUAAAGCGAAUAACGCACGUUUAUGCAAAGAAAUGCAUUUAUUAUAAGAGAAAAACACUUUUUAUGAAAGCAAAUGACCAACAACAACAAAACGUUUGACCUAUUCUCAGAUUUUUGCGGUUUUCGUUAUUCAAACAACAUUUUCAGAUGCAUCAGAGUUACUUGCUAACUUUUAUUUUAGCUAUUUUUAGCUAUUUUUAAAGAAUAUUAAAAAAAAUAUCAUCCGCUUACAAAGCGGACAGCGUAACCAUUGGGCUAAGCCUGCUGCAAAAUAUUUUCAACAGCCUAAUUGGUUGGAGAAUAGCAUGAUUUUAAGCAGGGCACCUAAUUGAGACUCAUCAGCACUUUGACGCUAGAUUAGGAAAGAUCAAGGAGACUCGUUCCUAUUUUAUAUGUAAAUUUAUGACCAACGUUUUAUCAGCAAAAUUAUUUUUUUCGCAAUUUUCAAAAAACGUAAUUUUUUACAACAAAUAUUCCUCAAAAACGUUGCACAUCGCAAAAGAAAUGUUAUAAGUAGAGACUUCAAGUAAAAUAACUAAGAAAUUUCCCAAAGAUAACUGACAAAAUUAUACGUAUCGUCACGCAAAGCUGUUCAUGGCGCUAUUUGAAAUGUUUGAUCGACUCAGUUUGAGGUAAAAUGAAUAUUUUAACUGCUGAUCUUGGGACCAAAAAACCGGUUGAUGAAAAUAUGUCAAUGCCUCAGUGAUCUCUUGUUCUAAGCUUGCUGGGAUUCCUAUCUAGCUUGCACAAGAGAGCACAGAUGCAUAAAUUUAUCCGAUUUGCGAAAAUCAACCGAAGGUAAAGUACCAUGCUUCUCCAUAGAAACAAGUUUCCAGUAGAAUUGGGUCCGAAAAUGAAGCUUAAAUUUGAGAUAUUAUUGUUCUCAAUGAUGAAGCUUAUUUUCCUGAGUACAAUGAUCCUUUGUACGACUGCAUAGGAUUUAAAAUGGAUUUUUGAAUCAAUUUUGAAAAAUUUACUUCGCGCCCCUUCUCGACAGAAAAGCUACUUGACAGUUGUUCCAAUGGGACCAAAGUUGAUCCAUCGAAAUAAUGUUGUCUAGACAAUUUAUUUUUUGCAUUACAAUGAAAAAUAGUUAUCAGAAAUGGUUUUUAAUCAUGUUUUUUACCGUUAUACAUAAACAUUUACAUAGACCCUAUUGUUACGUUUUGCUGGAGGUGCUUUAAGUUCGAUCAAUGUAUCGUAAACUGGGCGAAUCGGGACUACAUUCUGAAUAGGACAGCAGUUUUAAAGCAUUUUAAAGCUUCAAAUUUGGAAAUCAAUGCACUAAUUUAGUUGAUCUGUAUCUGAUCUAACCUAAAUAAAUAAAAAAUAUUAAAAUAUAGUACAAGAAACGCCCCAAAAACUAGAGCACGAAAUGAAAACAAUAACUAACACGUUUUGUUUGUUUGUCCAUUCUGUGCAUUCUCCCACAGUUUGGUUAAAUGUGCUUGCCGGGAUGCCCGAGUUAUAAUUUGGAAAUGUGUUCGGAAGUCGGGCAUGUCCGUGUGUCAAACGCGUUCUGGCCUGAAAUCCCUGUGGCCAGUCGUCGCACUAACAUUAAUUUUCAGGGUGUGUCAAGAUAUCAUGACAAGCUUGAAACUUCUUUUAUGUAAUAACAACAAUGCACGGAGUUUUUUUUUUUGUUUUUAUUGAACAUCUCUGGAUUGGAAUCGAAUUUUGGGGAUUUGUGAAGGUCAUAAAGUGAACUCAAUUUGGCCCAAAAUGCACGUGCGACAAGAUAGCAUGACAACGAUUAAUCGCUUUACUACUUGAAUCAAGAACUGAUAGGGCUUCCAAACACUUGUUUUCAAUACGAAAAGAAGCAGAGAAAAAAAUCUGUUGAAGAUUUUUUGUUGCACAUCUUCUAGAUAAAAUGUGUGAAAUUCAUUUUUUAUACAUUUUUAUUUACGUUUUCUAUUGUUAAUUUGAGUCAAUUUAACAAAACAUUCUAGAAAAUUACAUAUUAAAAAAAAGCUAUUUUGCGAGAUAUAGGAUUGAAAUCAGUUAUUAAAAACUAAGUGAGCAAAUAAGUUUCCAUCAGAAAUUUUGUAAUACAAUUCGUUUAUAUUAGUGACAAGAAAGAUGGAAAUAAAAUCCGUGUACGUGUUUUCCCUUAAAGUGUCAGAAGCUUGCUAAAAUCAAAACGUCUCAUCAUCUGAAUUGUGGUUUGGAUAACGAUUGAAAUAAAAUCUAAAGAGGGAAAUUUGGUGAUUGUUCUUGACCCCGUAAAACGACCAGUCUUAGUACAUUGAGAGUCUAUGCCACCAUACAAUAAACCAAGCAUAAAAUCAAAUAAAAAGUUUCAUCUCUAUGUAGCAAACAUUAAAAAAAAAACACAAAGUUUGAGUAGAAAGCUGUUAUCAACCCGAAACUGAAUAUUUAUCUCUUUAGACUUAACUGGUAGCUGGAUCCAAAUGUUAUGUACCUAGACUUGUUCAAGAUUUUCUUUCAAAUAAAAAAACAAAGCAAAUAAUCAAUGAAA